UUUAAAUUGGUAUUUUUUAAUUUAAACUUAUGGCUAGAGAUGCGACUAAAAGGUUAAUGUUAGAUUUGAGAAAAUUACAAGAGGAUUUACCAGAAACUAUAUGUGCCAGUCCAGUGGAUAGUGACAUUUUCCACUGGCAAGCUGUAAUUCUAGGCCCUGAUAACACUGAGUGGGAAGGAGGCAUUUUUUCACUUUCUCUGACUUUCCCGCAAGAUUAUCCUAAUAAGCCGCCAGUAGUCAAAUUUUUAACUAGAAUUUUUCAUCCAAACGUAUACCAAGACGGAAGUAUUUGCCUAGAUAUACUCCAAAACGAGUGGAGUCCCGUGUUUGAUGUUCAUGGAAUUUUAAUAUCCAUCCAGUCACUUUUAACUGACCCUAACAAUAAAAGCCCCGCUAAUAACGAGGCUGCAACGCUUUACCAGGAGAACAGAACUGAGUACAUUAGGAGAGUAAAGAACAUAGUUUCCGAGAGCAUUUCUGCAGCAGAGCUUACUCUAAACUUGUAG